GGUGGUUGUUCUGAGUGGUCGCUUUUUCUUGAAAGCUAUUGGACGAGUGCCAUGUCUUUUGCUUUGCAGCUAGUCUUGACUCUGUUUCUCUUGGGAUGGUUGAGCAUUAGCUGUAGCCUCAGAGGGGCAACUGAUGAUGAAGCACCCAUGAGGCCACAAUUCAGAACAGCUCAGAGAGGCCAAAAUGCAUCUAUGGAGUUGAAGAAGACAGUAACUACGACAAAAACUGACAGCAAUGAGACAGUUCCUGUGCUAGCGAAACCCCAUCGCUGUCUGAAGAAACAAUUAUCAGCGGAGGAUUUUCUAGAGGAUAAGACGCAAGCUGAAGAGAUUGAACCUCACGGUGAUCGAAAGCUUGUUAGUGCAUCUGCAGAAAAGUGGAUACCUUAUCCAGAAGUGAAGGAGCCAACAAAAGCGCAGAGAAAACGGAGAGCGGCUCAACUAGAACAGGAUAAGCUGAAAAAAAUAGCGGAGGGAUACUAUCAGCCUCGGUCUGACAUGGAUGAUACUCUCGACCAAGUGGAAAGCCUCGAUAUGGAAAGAUCAGAAGCUAGGUUCAAAUGGUUAAAGGUAUUACCAAUCACUAAAAAAUGAAGAAGUGAAGAAGUUAACAAAUAUGGUUUAUACAAGAUA